UAUUUUUUUUCCUUUCUAUUUGCCUUAGCUUGUUAAUCUCCAUCAUUAGCAACAAAGGUAACAAACACAACACAAUACAACUCUUAAAGUUUUGAUUUUUUCUUCUAAACUCAACUACCCAAUAAGCUUUAGUAGUAGUACUAGUAGUAACCUUUGCUUUGCUUUGCUUCACUACUCAUUCUCUCUUUUUCACUCUUUCUUUCCCUCUUUUUGUGCCUUAGAUCUUGCACUACCUUUGGAAUUUUGUUCAAGUCUCCUUUAUUAGAUGAACUGAUGCAGUUUUCUCUCUGAAUUCAAUUCACCUGAUCAAUUAUCUCAUCUGGGUUGUCACACUUUCUCUUUUUUCCUUUCUGAUCUUAUCUGUGUGAAGAGAUCAAUGAAUUCAACAUUCUUCGUUAUUCUCUGAUUCAGUUUUUUUUUUUAUAUAAAAAACCAAACUUUUACUUCUUUCUUUGUUCCUUUUGUGUUUGUUUUUUCAAUUUCAAUUACUUGAAUUCAAUGGAAAAAGAUCAAGUUCAAGAAUUCAAACACGCUUGCAAGUUCUGCAACAAAAGCUUCCCUUGUGGUAGAUCCUUAGGAGGUCACAUGAGGUCACAUAUCAACAACUUAUCAUCUGAAACAGAACAAAAAGAAAAGCUUCCAAUAAAAAAGCUUCCAUCUUUAACAAACAACAAUGGUGGAAGUGGUGGAAGUUGCAUUGGUUCUGAAGCUGCAACUAAUGCUGGCUAUGUUCUAAGAGAGAAUCCAAAGAAAACAUGGAGAAUUUCAGAUUCAAGUGAAGACAAUUUGUUGGAUGUGUAUGACAAGUUAUGCAAAGAGUGUGGAAGAAGUUUUGUUUCUUGGAAAGCUUUGUUUGGUCACAUGAAAUGCCAUUCAGAUAAAGAAAGAGUUUGUAAUAGCUUGGAGGAUCAAGAUUCAUCAUGGACUAAUAAUAAUGUUAAUUCUAAGAUGAUGAUCAUGGAUAGUAGUCAAUCAGACAAUGAAAUCACUACUGCUCCAAAUAAAAGGAGAAGAUCAAAGAGAACAAGAACAAGGUAUAUGGUAGCUGCUGCUGCAGCAACAACUUCUUCUCUGUCUUUUGCUAAUAUUCCUUCUUAUUCUUCUCUUUCUGAAGUUGAACAAGAGCAAGAAGAAGUUGCUAUGAGCUUGAUUAUGCUUAGUAAGGAUGUUAGUCCUUGGAGUGGUCUUCAGUCUCUUGCUACUGCUGAAUCAUCUGAUAAUAACUCUCCUUACUUCGAACCGAGGACUCGUUCCUCAGUUCGAACUAACCUCGUUACUAAAUUCGAUGCGAACAACAAUAGUUCUAUUACUGCUACUAUUAAUAUUGCAAAGUUGAUGAAGAAAAGUGAGCACAAUAAGUGUGAGUUAGGAAAUUCUGUUUCCAAAAAUUUCAACUUCAAAGGAAAAAGUUUAGAAAUUUUGGAUACUGAUAAAGGAUUUAGGAUGAACAAAGUUACAAAAUCUGAGCUUGAUUAUCUGUCUACUACAUUGGAAGAUUCUGAAGUUGAAAAUGGGAAAAACAGAGUCAAUGGAAGAAGAACAGAAUCAGUUUUAUCAAAGAAAAAGUUGUUGGAUUCUGAAUUGAAGUCAAGUUCCUUAAAGAAUUGUGUGAACAAGCCUUUUCAUGAUGAAGAUGAAUUCAUCAAGAACAAUUCUAACAAAAGAGGAAAAUUUGAGUGUACUACUUGCAACAAAAUCUUCCAUUCAUACCAAGCACUUGGAGGCCAUAGAGCUAGUCAUAAAAAAACCAAAGGUUGUUUUGCUUCCAAGAUUGAGAAUAGUGAAAACAGCAUUGAAACUGAUCUCUCUCCUGAACAAACUGUUGCUGCAUAUGUCAAACACGGACAUAAUAAUAUUAGUCUGAGUCGUGGACUAGGUCGCAGUGAAUAUGUUGAAAAGAUUGCAGAUACUGUUAAAGAGACCAAGAAGAUUAAAGGGCAUGAGUGUCCAAUUUGCUUUAAGGUUUUUCAAUCUGGACAAGCCUUAGGUGGACAUAAGAGAUCUCAUAUGGUUGCAGCUGGUGUUGUUUCUGAGAGUAGAGUUGUAGUUCAUGAACAAGUUCCACAAAUUAGGGACUUUCUUGAUCUCAAUCUUCCUGCUGCUACUGAAGAAGAAAGUAAUAGUCAUGCUGAUUCUAACAGACCUUGGUGGAUAGUAGAAGGUAACCAUAAACAAGAGGAACUUGUAGGGUAGGGUCUAAUAGAUAAACUUCUUAGUUUAUUUCCAUCAUUUGUUCAACUUGAGAGUGAAGAUUUUAAACUGUAUAGAAAUUGUUCUGCAUUUUUACAUUUCAUUAAUUCUUUACAGGAUUCAUGUCUUCUCCAAUGUAUUUUUCUGCUUUUUUCUUUCUUUCUUAUUUUAUAUUUUUUCUUCAAGUAUGUCUUUUUUUGGGAUACUAUAUGUUAUAUUGAUAUUGGUAUUACUUUGUUUAUAGAAAUGUUUGAUUUGUGAGAAGGCUAAAGCUCAA